UUAUUAUGUAUGUGACAGAGAGUAAUAGGAAGAAGACACGAGGGAAGAGUGUUCGAGUGUGAGUUGCUGCAUUCAGCAUCAUCGUCAUCACAAUGAUUAAUGGGAUUUCGUUGCGCACAAAAAUUUGGGGCUUUCUGGAAAUUCCAUUAGGGUUUUAACCGGCGCUUAUUGUCUCUGCGUUCUUCUCACCGUUCAAUUUCUCGUUUUGCUGCGGAAUUAUUGAAGUGAAAAAAAAAAAGAAAAUCAAACCUGGGGAGUGAAGGUUCAGGGUUCGAUCCUCGCUCCUUGUGCUGUUGCCUCCUUCGGUUUUGGCGCUCCCUCAUGGCCGAUAACAUGGAAAUCGAUUCGCCCUCCGAUUGCCAACCCCUCAAACCUCGCGAUCGAGUGGUUCGGAGGCUUGCUCAGUUUGGUGUUCCUGAGGAGCAGCUCGACCAGCCUGGUUUGGUUGCUUUUGUUAAGGAUAAGAGGGCUUUGAUACCUGAGCUGGUGUCUGUUAUAUUGCCUACUGAUGCAGAAGUGGCUGAUGCCUUUCAAGCAUCUAGAUUGACUUCUAAAAAGAUGUCGGGUGUGAUCAUGAAAAAGAGGUUUCAUGAGAGCAUGGUGUGGUUGCAGUGGUUGAUGUUUGAGGGUGACCCCGGUGGUGCUCUGAGAAGGCUUUCCGAGAUGUCUGUUGGGCAGAGGGGUGUCUGUGGGGCUGUUUGGGGCCAGAACGAUAUAGCUUACAGGUGUAGGACUUGUGAGCAUGACCCAACAUGUGCUAUCUGUGUUCCUUGUUUUGAGAAAGGGGAUCACAAGGGUCAUGAUUAUUGUGUUAUAUACACGGGUGGUGGCUGCUGUGAUUGCGGGGAUGUGACUGCAUGGAAGCGUGAGGGGUUCUGUUCAUUGCACCAGGGUGCUGAACAGGUACAACCGCUUCCGAAGGAAAUCGCAAACUCUGUUGAUCCUGUUCUCAGUUCUCUUUUCAAUUGUUGGAGAGUGAAGCUAACAUUGGCGAGUGAGUAUACUGAAAGAAAGCAGCCAGCAAAUGAGCUAACCUAUGCUGUGGUUGAUAUGCUUCUAGAAUUUUGCAAGCACAGUGAGAGUUUGCUCAGUUUUGUUGCUAGAUUGUUGCUUUCUUCUGAUGGUUUAAUUAGCAUGCUGGUGAGAGCUGAGAGGUUCUUAACUGAGGUUGUUGUAAAGAAACUCCAUGAGCUACUCUUGAAAUUGUUGGGAGAACAAAGUUUUAAGUAUGAUUUUGCUAAAGUUUUUCUCGCUUACUAUCCAAGUGUCAUAAAUGAGGCCACAAAAGACUCCAGUGACUUUCCUCUUAAGAAGUACCCUCUACUACCAAUAUUCUCUGUGCAGAUACUCACAGUGCCCACUCUUACCCCACGCCUUUUGAAGGAAACCAAUCUACUAACCAUGCUAUUGGGAUGCCUUGAAAAUAUUUUCGUUUCUUGCUCUGAUGAUGGACGCUUACAGGUAUCCAGGUGGGCAAAUAUAUUUGAGACAACAAUACGUACUAUUGAAGAUUUUCGAUUUGUUAUGAGCCAUGUGGUAGUGCCAAAAUAUGUAACCAAUGACCAGCAAGAUAUCUCGAGAACAUGGAUGAGACUUCUGUCCUUUGUACAAGGGAUGAACCCUCAAAAGAGAGAAACGGGUCAACAUAUAGAAGAAGAAAAUGAGAAUGUCCACUACCCUUUUAUUUUAGGGCAUUCUAUUGCCAAUAUUCACUCUGUAUUGGUGGAUGGGGCAUUUUCUGAUGCUAGCAAGGGGGACAUAGAUGGUGAAACUGCUUGGAACUCUAAAAUUUAUAAUUCAGAUGAUGGGGAUAAUGUAAGGCAUGCAAAGGUAGGGAGGAGAUCUGAGGAAAGCUCUGCAUGUAAUGUUACGAGCCGGAGUAGUGUCUUUGCUGCUCCAAAGCUUUGUGAGAUAAAACCUGAACCAUCUUCAAAUCUGCCUCUUCCACGUGCUGUCACUGGGUUGAUAUGUGAGUGUUUAAGGGCUAUUGAGAAUUGGUUGAGAGUUGAGAAUAUCCAUGCUGUGCCUCCUAAUUUAUUAUCUCCAAACAGUGGUAGUGCCUGUGAUAGCAAUUUUUCAGCAUUUAAGAGAACAAUAUCUAAGUUUGGAAGGGGUAAAUAUGCGUUUGGUAGGCUUGCCAGCACAAGUGAAGAUCAUGGUAAACAAUGUUCUGAAAAUAGUGAAAUGGAUUCGGAAAAUACCUGUACUCGUUCUAGUUCUGAUGAUAAUGCCAUGGAAGAAGAUUUUCUCGUGGAAUCAGAUGGUCUGCGUUUUCUAUCAUUACCCGAUUGGCCGCAAAUAGUCUAUGAUGUUAGUUCACAAGAUAUAUCUGUGCACAUUCCGUUACAUAGAUUGCUUUCCAUGCUGUUACAAAAGGCAAUGAAAAAAUAUUUUUGUCAAUCAGAAGUCUCAGACGUGACUCAUGCUUCUCCUUCUAAUUCAUUGUCAACUAGUUACAAUGACUUCUUUGAACAAGCUUUACGAGGAAGCCAUCCAUUCGGUUUCUCUGCCAAUAUAAUGGAGCAUCCAUUGCGGAUUAGGGUCUUUUGUGCUGAAGUCCAUGCUGGAAUGUGGCGUAAAAAUGGAGAUGCUGCAUUACUAUCAUGUGAAUUGUAUCGAUCGGUACGCUGCAACAGGUCUGAACAAGGUCUGGAGCUUGAUCUAUUUCUUCUACAGUGUUGUGCUGCACUUGCUCCAGAAGAUCUCUUUGUCAGUAGAAUUCUGGAGCGCUUUGGGCUGUCAAACUACUUAAUUCUAAAUCUUGAACGAUCUAGCGAAUAUGAACCUGUUUUAGUACAGGAAAUGCUUACUCUUAUUAUUCAGAUAAUAAAGGAACGACGCUUUUGUGGGCUAACUACUGCUGAAAGUUUGAAAAGAGAACUAAUUUAUAAGUUGUCCAUUGGUGAUGCCACACAUAGUCAAUUGGUGAAGUCUCUUCCCCGUGAUCUCUCCAAGUUUGAACAACUUCAAGACAUCUUAGAUGAAGUAGCUUUGUAUUCGAAUCCAUCUGGAUUUAAUCAGGGUAUGUACUCAUUGCGAUGGACAUUUUGGAAAGAAUUGGAUUUGUAUCAUCUACGUUGGAAUUCAAAGGAUUUACAAGUUGCUGAAGAAAGAUACUUGCGCUUUUGCAAUGUCUCUGCACUGACCACCCAAUUGCCCCAGUGGACCAAAAUUCAUCCUCCCCUGAAGGGGAUAGCUAAAAUAGCCACUUGCAAAGUUGUUCUACAUAUCAUCCGGGCAGCAAUAUUUUAUGCUGUUUCCACUUUUAAAUCAUCUGAUUCUCGUGCUCCUGAUAGUGUUCUUCUACCUGCACUACAUUUACUUUCACUAUCAUUAGAUAUCUGUUUUCAGCAAAAGGAAUCCAAUGAGGAUACAUGUCAUGAUGUGGCACAGCUUCCUAUAAUAGCUUUGUCUGGAGAAUUCAUUCAGACUUCUUUUGGUGAACAAAGCUUGUUGACACUUCUUGUUUUAUUGAUGGAAAUGCAUAGGAGGGAGAAUGUAGACAACUUUGUAGAAGCAGGUGGUUCUAGUCUAUUUACUCUAAUUAAAAGCUUACUGAAGAAAUUUGCUGAGAUUGACAACAGAUGCAUGACCAAGUUACAAAAACUUGCCCCUGAAGUUGUCUGUCAUAUUUCUGAAUGUUUUCCAAGUAGAGACUCAAGUAUCUCAUUGGCUUCUGAAAGUGAGAAACGCAAGGCAAAAGCUCGAGAUAGGCAGGCUGCAAUAAUGGAAAAGAUGAGAGUCCAACAGACUAAAUUUUUGGCCAGCAUUGAUACCACUACCGAUGAUGGUUCUCAACUUGGUCAUGAAGGUGAUUUAGACAGUGAGCAAGAUUCUGGAGAAUCUGAUACUAAACAAGUUGUUUGCUCCCUUUGUCAUGACCACAAUUCUGAACUUCCCAUCUCAUUUUUGGUACUUCUUCAGAAAUCUAGGCUUGUGAGCUCUGUUAACAGGGGUCCCCCAUCAUGGGAAAAGCUUUGCCAAUCAGAUAAAGAACACACACCUGUUAUCAACACCAAGGAGACUAAUACAUCGACAAUGAACUGGAAUACAGGUAGUUCAGGAACAACUUCAUCUUCCCACUUAAAUCAAUUUGUACAGAUUGCUGCAGAAGAAGUAUCUUCUUCCGGGAAACCUGGGGAAGUUCUUAGUUUUCUGCAAUAUCUCAAGAAUAAGUACCCAGCACUGGAAAAUUUUCAGCUCCCAGACACAUAUUAUGAUGAAAAAGAAAAGGCACCAUAUUCUUUUGAGACUUUAGAGCAGUGUAUGUACUUCUCAAUUUAUGAUGAAAUGCGUCUUCCAUUAUCUUCGAAUUUGAUGAAUAUGGAUGACAGAGCUUCCACUGCUGGGGAGAAUUCAAAUGUGUUGCUUGGGAAAUAUACAGCUGAUCUUGUGCUAGAGAUGUCAGAAAUUUCUUCUAUGUCUGAAAUUACUUCUAACGAAUCUGCUUCUGUGGAAUCUACUUCUGUGGAAUCUACGUCACAGCAUCCAACAUACGAUGAAUUUGGCCCUAUAAACUGUGAUGGUGUUCAUCUUUCUUCUUGUGGGCAUGCAGUACAUCAAGGGUGUCUUGAUCGAUAUUUAUCUUCAUUGAGAGAAAGAUCUGUUAGAAGAAUCGUUUUUGAAGGAGGACAUAUUGUUGACCCAGAUCAGGGAGAGUUUCUCUGCCCUGUUUGCCGCAGACUUGCAAAUUGUGUCUUGCCAACUUUACCUGGAGAAUUAAAGAAGCCUUUGAAGCAAUCUAUCAUCUUGAGUACUGGUUCAAUAAAUACUGCUCCCCCCUUAGCUGAAUCAAGUGAAUUGACUUAUUCACUUCGCCUGCAGUCUGGCUUAAAGCUUCUGCAGUCUGCUGCCACUGCGGUUGGGAAACUUAAAUUCCUAAAUUCUAUUCCUUUGCAUCACAUUGACAGAACUAGAACAAAUCUUGAAAACUUCCUGCGGGUACUUUCAAAAAUGUAUUCCACUUGCAAAGAAGAAAAGUUAUCACGAUUUUCAAGAAUAAACCACUCAAUGUUGAUGUGGGACACUCUUAAGUACUCUUUGACAUCUAUGGAAAUUGCUGCACGAUGUGGAAAGACUUCUUUUACUCCAAACUAUGCUCUUAGUGCCUUGUAUGAAGAACUCAAAUCCUCAAGUGGCUUUAUAGUAUCCCUGAUGUUUAAACUUGUUCAAAAGACACGAAGUAAGAAUUCUCUUCACGUUUUACAAAGAUUUAAAGGUGUUCAACUCUUUGCAGAAUCAAUUUGUGCUGGGGUUUCUCCAAGUUAUGGAAAUAGUGAUAAUUCUGGGAUAGGUGACAUGUUAAGUUUCUUGAAGCAUAUUGAAAUGGAUCUGUCUAACACUGGCAGCUUUUGGAGGCAUGCUUCAGAUCCUGUACUUGCCCAUGACCCUUUCUCAACAUUGAUGUGGGUUCUCUUUUGUCUACCACACCCAUUUUUGUCUUGUGAAGAAUCCUUGUUGUCCCUAGUUCAUGUUUUCUAUACAGUAUCUGUAACCCAGGCUAUAAUUAUUUAUCAUGAGAAAUCUAAGCAUAAAUCAUCAAGGGAUUCAGAUCUCUCAGGUUGUCUGAUUACUGACAUAUAUAAAGUUAUGAAUGAGUCUGCAAAUGCCUCACAGUACAUUGUAUCCAAUUAUUUUGAUCCCGGUGUUGAUAUUAAAGAUUCUAUACGGAGGUUUACUUUUCCAUAUUUGCGAAGAUGUGCAUUGUUGUGGAAGAUACUCUAUUCUUUUAUUCCACCACCAUUUUGUGAUGAGGAAAAUAUAUUGGAUAGAUCAUGGAGUGUCCCACAGGACACAAUGGGCAAUGCCAAUAUUGAGAUGUUUGAGGUCACUAAAAUUCAUGAACUCGAGAACAUGUUCAAAAUUCCCUCUCUUGAUGUGGUUCUCAAGGAUGAACUUUCAAGAACUGCAGUCUCUAAUUGGUGUCAUCAUUUUUGCAAGGAAUUUGAAUCUGGUAGAAUUCAACAAAAUAUGCAUGUAACACCUGCUGUUCCAUUUGAGUUGAUGAGAUUGCCCAAUAUUUAUCAUUAUCUUUUGCAGAGGUGUAUCAAACAGCGGUGCCUUGCAUGCAAAUCCGUUCUUGAAGACCCUGCCUUGUGCCUACUAUGUGGUAGAUUGUGCUCUCCAAGUUGGAAAUCAUGCUGCAGGGAAAGUGGAUGCCAAACUCAUGCAGUAACCUGUGGAGCUGGUACUGGAGUGUUUCUGUUGAUUCGGAGAACAACAAUCCUACUACAGAGAUCUGCACGUCAAGCCCCCUGGCCUUCUCUUUACUUAGAUGCUUUUGGUGAGGAGGAUUUUGAAAUGUCACGAGGCAAGCCUCUUUACCUGAAAGAGGAACGCUAUGCUGCUUUAACUUAUAUGAUCUUUUUACUGGACCUGUGGAGGAGGGAAAUUGGUUCUAGAUAUGCUAAUUUAUCAUGUCAUACACUCCUGACUAAUCAGAAGAUCACUACUCCAUACUGUGUCUUCUGUUAGAAAUAUACAGCCCAUUCAGUAGAUUGACACAGUUGAUGGGUAAAGAUUUAAAACUUGGCUCCUGUCGGGGAAUCUACCUGCUGGUCAUGGCUGUACAGAUUUGUGGGUGCUGACAUAGCUGCAACUUUUCUUCUGCUCCAUGCUUACCAUAAAGUACGUUUUCCAUGAAGUUGGUACUCUGGUGUACAUAUAUCAUCAUACUUGUGAGAGGAGCAAUUGCUUCAAGGUAUACUUCGUGGAAUUAUGAGCUUAUCCGUACUCAUCAGUGGUUUAGAAUGUCUGAGGACAAUUUAUAUUGGUUCUGUAUGUAUUCUUCAUAUAGUAAGUUUGGAUGUUUGGUCGGGCCUUCCCCUCUAAGCAGGUCGGGGAAACAAGACAAUUGCCAAUUUAUGGGCAUAUUGUAUACAGGGUACAUAUACUCCGAAUUUUACUGUCUAUGUUUCCUGUUUAGUAUAUUUGAAGAACAAUGCUAAUAGUAUCGUAUUUUGGUGAAUUUGGGUUGUUUUUCAUUUUCAAGUGUCGGUUGUGAUAAUAGUAUCGUAUUUUGGUGAAUUAAAUAAACUAGAGAAUUGAUUGGAUUGGAGUGUAAGACUAGAUAAGUAUAUACACUAUCUAGCUAUUGCUGAAA